AAGAUGAAGACAGAAAGUUGAAGACAGUAAGGCACGUAUCUUUGUACCCACUAAAAACCAACCAUAGUUACUGUUCAUAAUUUCAUACCAAAUAAUAACACAAACCCUAAGGAAAAAUUCUUGAAUUUCCCUUUCUUUCCACUCCAAAUCUCCUUCUCCCACUGUUUUUUAUCUUCAAUAAUUACUAGGCUUUUUCUUUUCUUUUCCUCCCAAUUUUUCAAACCCCUUAAUAAUUUAAAUUCUUGUUUAGGGUAUCUUUGUUUGGGGAAUCUAUGGUAAGUUGGGAUUGAAAAACAAAACAUAUUAAUUGAAGUUUUUGUCUUAGGGUAACGGCUCUUUAUCCCUUUGUCUUCCCUUUUACAGGGUAUUUCCAGCUUUUAGGUGUUCUGUUCUUUUCUGUUCUGUUCUAGCUUUCUAGGUGCUCUGUUCUGCUCUUUACUCUGCUGUGUUCGGACAGUGUAUGUUUGUUUUUAUGUCUGAAUUACGUACGAUGUUGGGUGAGAAGAACAAUACUGCAGAGUUUGGUGACACUACCUACACCAAGAUAUUUGUUGGAGGGUUGGCAUGGGAAACAAAAUCUGAUUCCCUCAAACGUUAUUUCCAGCAGUUUGGAGAGACUCUUGAGGCUGUUGUGAUAGCUGAUAAAAGCUCAGGAAGAUCAAAAGGCUAUGGUUUUGUAACUUUUAAGGAUGCCGAUUCGGCGAGAAAAGCUUGUCAGAUUCCCUAUCCGGUGAUCGAUGGAAGAAGGGCAAACUGCAAUCUUGCAUGUCUUGGAGCUAAGAAUCGUCCAAUUAAUUUGAAUCCUCCCCAAUAUGGAAUGGAGAAAUGGCAGCCAUGGACAAGAUCUCCGGCAUCAUCCAGUCCAAUUUUCCGGCAACCGAUCCCCCCAUAUGGGUUUCCUUACACUGCUGCUGCACAUGGCUAUCCAGCACCAGCAGGAUACACAGUGCAGGACCAAUAUGCGAUGAAUUAUUAUACUGUUUAUGGGGGGCAGCAGCCUCCAUCUCACAACAGAGGAGGAUCAGGAGUUUACUUGAAUUACUAUCCGUUCUAUCCUCAGGAGGCACAGAACAGCCCAACUCAGUACCCAAAAGUUGUGCAGUACCCAUUUUGGCCUCAGCAAUAUGGUGCUCUGGGGACCUUUCCGGCUUCAGUUUCUUCUCCAUCAUUCCCUGUUACUAUGGGACAGAUGCCGGUAGCAGCAGUAUUGCCAGGAACCAACCCUCGGGAGAGUUCAGCAGCCUAAUCUCUUCCUUCCUUGUGAAAUAAACAUAUGUAUACCAUUUUAUUACAAGGGUCAGUAGAAACAAUCAAAAGGGAUACAACAGAGUACAGAGAAUAGAUAAUGGACAGCAGCAGAAUAGGUUACAUUUCCAUAAUGUAAGAUGAUGCAUUUAUCUUUUGACAAUUUUUUUCCCAGAGAUUGUAAUAUAUUCUUUCUCACAUGAAAUAUAUCCCGAUAAAAUUU